AAGAAAACCAGAAACGUUGUUAGUGGGUCAACUUCCGGUUGUAUAACACAUGGGUGAUUUUCCAGUGUAAUUUAUUGACACUGGUCGAACUCACUGGAAAUAUGUCAGCUACAAGUUUCACAAAACUUACCAAGCAUUUGCAUUUGAGGCACAUCAAGCGCUGUUACUGCAGUUCAACAUCAAAGCUAACAAAUUCAGAAGUGAGAGAAAAACGAAAUGCUCUGUUUGAUGAGGAAAGAAAAAGGCAGCUUUCUCUGAUAACAAGGAUAGAAAAGAUACGUGUAGAACAUAUAGGACCUCCUGAGAACUGUACACUGAUUAUGAAUAAAGGACUGUCAACACCAUUUAACUGUGCAGCACACAUAGCUGAAUAUUUAACAGUGCGUUCUGCAGUUGCGCUUGUAAACAACCAGCCAUGGGACAUGCAUAGACCACUUACGGAAGAUUGUGAACUUAAGUUUGUUCAUUACAGAGAAAAUGAUCCAUAUCAUGCUAAUAAGGCUUACUGGAAAUCAUGCUCUUUCAUCUUGGGUCAUAUUCUUGAGGUUGCUUUCCAAGACCAGUAUUAUACAGAACUUUGUAGUUUUCCUCCACCAUAUGUACCCAGUGGGAGCUUUGUCUAUGAUGUGAAAAUCCCUAUUCCAAAUUGGCAGCCAAGUCAUGAAGAACUUCAGUGUAUGGGACAGAUUGGAGCAAAACUUGCUGGAAAAGAUUGGAAGUUUGAAUGUUUAGAUAUUGAUGAAACUCUUGCCCUGAAAAUGUUUGAAGAUAACAGGUUUAAGACACAACAGAUCCCCAACAUGGCAGCUCAGAACAAGGGUGGCAAGAUCCGCGUGUACAGGAUGGGUGACCACCUGGACAUCAGUAAUGGACCUUUGAUUUGCAGGACCUCACAGAUUGGGAGAUUUGCCAUAACAGCUUUUCACCCCAUAUCAAGCCCAGACUUUGGUGAACUGACAAGAGUGCAGGGUCUCUCAGUGCCAUCACAGGUCUUGAUCAAUCACUGGACUUUUGAUUUCCUGGCCAAACGUGCAGAAAAAUAUAAUGAACAUGCUUCUUUGCCAGCAAUGAGAGAGCCACCACCAGUCAAGGAAGAGGUGCAAGAAGAGGAGAAGGGAUAUUUUUGGCGUUUAUAGAGCUUGAACAAACACUAGAGGGUUAGAAAAGGAGUACAACAGAGAGAAGUGUAUCAGUUUUGAUAACGUAACUGUAAAUGUGGCAAUCAAACCCAGGGUCAGGAAUUUAAUAAAAGGUGUUUCGAAAAUGAAACUGUGGAGUUUUCAGUAUAAUUUGCUGAGGGUUUAGGGACAUUUUAUCCUGGAUUUUACAAUGAGACAAUUUCAUUCAUGAAAGUUUGUGACAGUUGGAAUCCCAAACCAAGUGCUUGUUAUGCGCUUAUUGUUGCCAGAGGUUGGACUUUUUCAGAGACAGUGGUUGCUUCUGCUGAACUCCAAGACCCCUGGCUGCUCUUCCAGCAUAUGGCAAAAUGUCAAUAAGUAUAUUGAGAAGAGGAUCUUGCCAACAGAUGUGAAAGAACAUGGGUGCAGAAAAGAAAUGAGUGGGAGAAUCUUUUAAGUCAAUUCAUACCGAGGUGCAAAGAAAGCACAGUUUUUAAGAGAAAAUUUAAUGCUGAAGGAAAGGACUGAAAAAAUAUGAAAUAGUUUUUUUUUUCACUGAUGAAAAAAAAAGGAUGCAGAUGGUUUGAAAGUUUUGAUUAGGUUAUGGUGAAAAAAAUGAGAGCCUCGGUUAAAUUUAUAUUGCUUUUUUCAAGUUUCUGACACCCCAAAUAAUAUCAAGGAUAUGAUUAUAUAAGUUAAUAUUAUUUUAUUGAAUUUAAAAGUAAUUAAAUUAACAAUCAAUUAUAUGAAAGCUAUGAUGAAUGUAUAGCUACCCACUGACAUACCACUACCAAAAUCUAGUGGUAAUUAUUAAAUUUCAAAUAAUUCACUUAUGCUAGUUUCUAAUAUUUACUGCAAAAAAUAACAUUGGAACAGUUUCUAUAAAAGUUGUACCCAGAUGUGGAUCAGUUGCUCUUUGGAACUUUCAUACAUAUUCAUUUAUUUAUGUUUAUUUUUUUUCUUUCUUU